UUUCCCCAAAAUCAUCCAAGCUAUCCAUUUUAAGCAAUUCAAAAAUUUACACUGAAUAUUUAAGAGCACAAUAAAUAGAAAACAACUAAAUGAAAUUUAAAAAGUUUGCGGUUAUUUUUUUCGCUGCUCUGUUGCUAUUAAUUUGGUGCAAUCAUGUUUUCCCUGGGAAGGAAGAAGUCGCCGAGGAGGUUCAACCUCCUCAAUCUGAAAAUGGAAAAGUGAAGGACCCAAUCGUUAUAUACACAACUCGAACUAUUGACCAAAAAUUGAUCAAAUUUCAUAAACGACUUUUGGCUCUUCUAGCGACCACACAGUCGCCAAACCUUUUCCAAUCGAAUGUUGAAGUGGCCGAAUAUGCUGAAAAGUCUAUAUAUGAUUUGAGCGAAAGAACGAAUCGCCGAUUGAUUGCUAAUCCAACAGAUAGAUUUUUUGUAAACGACAAAAAGUGUCAAGUACCAUUUGCAGAUCCUUUCUCCUCGGAUGUUAUGGAAAUCUUUCAAAAAGUGGACCUUAAGAAGUGCAACAAUGAAUCAGAUAUUAUUUCGCUAAGAUAUAAUCAAAAACUAAAGAGAUAUAAAGUUCACGUUUACACGGAUGCGAUGGUGAAAAUAGCCCCGAAUAUUACAAAAUUCAGCUGCCACUAUAGAGAGUUUUUUAACAAAAAUAGGGAUCCCUAUAUCACUGUUUCUCAAAGGAGUUUCCAGCAGAAUACUCUGUUGAAACCCAAUAUUAGCGGCAUUGUAGUGGAAUGUCAUGAAGCGAGAAAUACCCGAAAUAUUGUGCAGCAAGAUGCUGCUCCCUUGGUCCAGGUUUUUAACAAGAGCACUCGUAUUCAAACCCAUCCUCUGGAGAGGCCACCCAGUGUAAUAAUUCUGGGAUUGGAAAAUCUAUCGAGAAUGAAUUUCCAACGUACUAUGCCAAAAACAGCGAACUUUGUCCGAAAACCAAACUGGUUGGAAAUGCAGGGCUACAACAAGGUAGGGCCAUCCAUGCUCGCCAACCUCUGUGCGGUAUUUGCUGGGACCAAAAGAAAAGAGGAGUGCAUUAUGCGGUUCCCCUUGAUGUGGAAGGAGUACCAAAGGGCUGGUUAUUCGACGGCAGUUGGGGAGGACAGCAUUAAAUCAUCAUUCCCUUUGGAGAUACCAGCCGACUUCGAACUUCAUUCUCUGCUUUCAGCCCUUUCAAAAUUCAUGAAUUUAGUUUAUAGAUUUGGCAUUGAAUAUUGUAUGGGCAGACGUCUGAUUUUUGACUAUCUGUUUGACUUUUGCCAUCAAUUCACAAAAAGAUUAAUUUCAGAACUGGAUCAGCCGGUGUUAGGCUUGUUUUGGAGUUCUUCCUUCACCCGGGAAUAUCAUUUUGCGUCCACCAGCCUGGAUGAUCGGUUCGUCAAGCAGUUGGAACUAAUGGAAAAGAACCAGGUAUUCGAGCACUCUAUAGUGAUACUGUUUAGUGACCAGGGAUAUCAAACAGGAGAUCUGGCACUUUUGCCAGAUGGCUUCCUGGAGCAGCGUCUACCUUUGCUGCACAUCCAUUUGCCAGUUUGGUUCCAGGUGGCCUAUGAGGAGUUUACAACAAAUAUAAAGAUGAACCGCGAACGCCUCACCUCACCCUAUGAUUUGCACUUGACUCUGCGUCACAUCCUGCAAUUAAAUGCCACCACCCACGAAGAGCUAGUCCUACAGCCAUCGGACAAGGGACUAUGCGAGUCAAGUAGGUCCUUGUUCCAUCAAUUGCCCAAGGAUCGGGGCUGCGAGGAGGCCUGCAUUGAAUCGCACUUUUGCACCUGCCGCUCUUUUGUUCCCUUGCCCCACGAUGCUCGCGCCUACAAUGUAGCGAAAAUAUUAUUGUACCACAUGAACGCGCAUAUGCUGAUAAACGACCUGAAUCAAUUCUGCCAGAGAUUGGCGCUCUUGAAUGUGGAUUAUUUUGAGCGAAAGUUGGGACCGGAGACCAGUGACGGGGUCAAUACCUACCGCAUAGGAAUCAAGACGAUUCCGGAAACUGGAAUUUACGAGGCCACAUUACUUAUCAACUCACAACUAUCUCGUAUGGGCAGGAUCAAAUGGGAGGAUGUUAGUGUCCUGCACAACUUCAAGAAUCAUUCGGGGUGUAUCGACAAUAAAAUUGGCAAAAAGUUCUGUUUUUGCUAUCCAAAGAACUUGAACGAUGAAAUGAUCAAAUGGAAAGACAUGAGAGCAAAGAAAAUGGAGAAAAAUUCAACUUUAGUUUAACAUUCCAUGCUUCUGAAAAUGUAGCUAUACUGAAAAUAAAUUAACAAUGAAAUGACUGCAGAUUUUA